AUGGGUGUCAUGGCAGCCUUAUUGCUAACUAUGAAUGUAUUCGCAGAAUUUGCAGGACCUGGUACGAUUGGCCUACCUAAAGCAAUGCGUGAAGGGCGUCGCGACGUACAUUUUGCCGGGACAUACUUGCCUCUGUAUUAUGCAUUGUCUGGAUGCUUCACCACUAUGUUCAAUGUUACAUGGACCAUCAUGAUCUGGGAUUCCUGUCAUAAAGUUAACAAAGCACCGUUUUGGGCUCUACCCGGAAUUGCUGCUACUACUUCUCAUGCCGCUGUCAGCGCUUUGGUGGGUUUUGAUAUUCCCCCUUCUCCUAAAAGUUGGUAUAAUUCUGCUGGAUACCAACCAGUCGUGCUCAUAGUUCAAGCUUGUCUUUUGUUCGUAUGCACACUUUACUGCAAUAACAUCACAGGCUCGACGCUAAAGUCGAUGUUAAUUGGAAUUCGCUCUGCGUUGGUUGACUGGUUCACUUUGAAAUGGCUGAGAAGUAAGCUAAUAAAAAAGGACGAAACACCAUUAUCCGGUGCUGAAGAAAUGGAAGCAGAAGAAAGAAGAGAUGUUGAUGCUUGA